AUGAAUUCUACGUUGGCAUGUGGCUACAGUCCCGCCGAAAACUUGAUCCGACUACAACGCUCUCUGAAAGGUCCUGCCCUGGAAGCGGUACGUAGUCGCCUUCUCCUUCCCGAAUCUGUCCCUCAUAUAAUCGAUACGCUUCGCCUAUUAUACGGGCGCCCGGAGCUGUUGAUAAAUGCGCUCAUCGAAAAGGUCCAUUCCGUCCCCACGCCGAAAGCAGAGAAAUUAGAAUCUCUCAUCGACUUUGGGAUGGCAGUUCAAAGUCUAUGCGACCACCUUGAAGCUGCUAAUCAACAAGCUCAUCUGUCGAAUCCGUCACUGUUAAUCGAGUUAGUCGACAAGUUACCAGUGCAUAUGAAGAUGGAGUGGGUGAAGUAUAUGGAGAACAACCAGAAGGUGGAUUUAAAAGUGUUUGGUGAAUUUAUGCGUGGUGUAGUGAAGUCAGCUAGUCAAGUUACGCUUUACUCGGGUAUGGCGAACAAAGUGAAGAAAGGAGAAGUUGAAGACAAGUGGAAACAAAAACGUGCAGCAGUUAAUUCCCAUACCUUAGAGUCACCACGGCAGAGCGGCGGAGAAUGCACCGAGAGGCCGUGUGCGGCAUGCCGUCAGAUGAAUCAUCGAUUGAAGGAAUGCGGAGUGUUCAAGUCUUAUUCGGUCGAAGGAAGAUGUCGAUUCGUUCAGCAGCAUGGGAUCUGUCGUAACUGUUUGAACGCUCAUGGUAGACGGGCCUGCCGUAACCCUGGAGUUUGUGGCGUAAAUGGAUGCCAAUACCGCCACCACCCUCUAUUGCACUUUGCUCGCGCUAACGUACCUAGAAUGACGAUGGUGGAAAACCACGUACAUCGCGAAGUGGAGCCGUCGCUCUACUUCAGAAUCAUUCCGGUUACAAUUUGUGGAGGUGGAAACAGUGUAGCAACCUUUGCUUUCUUAGACGAUGGGUCGCAACUAACUCUAAUUGAAGAAGGGCUCGUGCGUCAGCUGGGCGUAGAAGGUAUGGAGUCACCAUUGUGUCUCAAGUGGACGGGGAAUAUGGCGCGGACUGAGAAUGGUUCUCAAACAGUAAGAUUAUCAAUAGUUGCGGAAAAUCAACGUCACUUCCCGUUGGCCGAGGUACGUACGGUGAAAGCGCUCAGUCUCCCCUGUCAAAGCCUAAAUGCUAGUCGGCUGGCUAACAAGUAUACGCAUUUGCGCCGAAUUCCAGUAAGCAGCUAUUCUGAAGCGGUACCGCGAUUGCUGGUAGGAGUUGAUAACCUUCGAUUGACUGUCCCAUUGAAAACCAAAGAAGGUCGAGUGAACGAACCCAUUGCGGUGAAAACACGUUUAGGAUGGUGCAUCUACGGCGGACGAGCCCGGUCAACAGAAGCAUCACUGAACUACCAUUCCUGCGAGUGUUCAUCGGAUCAUAAGAUACACGAUUUGGUGAAAGGCUUUUUCGAUGCAGAAACUGUUGGUACGUCGACCGGGCCAUCUUUAAUGUCGGAGGACGACAGAAGAGCUAGCAAUUUGCUAGAAACCACGGCAAGAAAGAUUGGCUCCAGAUUCGAGAUCGGGCUCCUGUGGCGGUUCGAUAAGUUUAAGUUACCUGACAGCUACGGAAUGGCCAUGAAACGUUUGGAAUGCCUGGAACGACGCAUGGCUAGGCAACCAGACUUAAAAUCCAAUGUAGUGAAGCAAAUCGAUGAAUACUUAUUGAAAGGCUACAUUAAUCGUAUUACCCAAGAAGAAUUGGAGCAAGCUGACGCCGAACGGGUGUGGUAUUUGCCUUUGGGUGUAGUGCUUAAUCCCAAAAAACCGAAUAAAAUCCGUAUGAUAUGGGAUGCAGCUGCCAAAUCACACGGAGUUUCGCUAAACGAUAUGCUCUUAAAAGGCCCUGACCAGUUAACUUCGUUACCUGGGGUGUUGUUCCGAUUCCGGCAAUUCGCUGUAGCCGUUUCUGCGGAUAUUGCUGAAAUGUUCCAUCAGAUCAUAAUUAGAGCGGAAGAUCGUCAUGCCCAGCGGUUUCUCUGGAGAAACAACUCUACUGCUGUCCCAGAAGUCUUUCUGAUGAACGUAGCGACCUUCGGUUCGACAUGUUCACCGGCCUCAGCACAAUUCAUUAAAAAUAAAAAUGCCAUGGAAUUUGCCCAGGAGUAUCCGCGCGCGGUUCAAAGCAUAAUAAAAAACCAUUAUGUUGACGACCUGUUGGAAAGUUUCGAAGAUGCUGAAGAAGCUGCUAAAGUUAUGCAAGAAGUACAGAUGAUUCAUGCCAACGGUGGGUUCAAUAUCCGUAAGUUCCAGUCAAACAGUCGCCUAGUAAUGGACAGUGUGGGAGAAGAUAGAGCUUCCGAUGUACGUAGCCUUGACUUGCCACAAAGCGACAAUUCCGAACGAGUCCUGGGACUAAUAUGGAACUCAUUUGAAGAUCUACUUGGAUUCUCAACGAAAAUGAGCGACGACAUUCAAAGAGUAAUAUCAACAAGAACUCCACCAACUAAACGACAAGUUCUCAAGUGCCUUAUGAGCUUCUACGAUCCCCUAGGACUGUUGGCGAUAUUCACAGUGCAGGGUAAGAUUAUACUUCAAAGCAUCUGGCGCAGCGGUAUCCAAUGGGACCACCAGAUCAACGCAAACCUCCAACCUCGCUGGCAAGCAUGGGUAGAAUUGCUGAAAAUAAUACAACAGUUACGUAUAACACGAUGCUACUUCCUGCGAGCUACAUCCCAACAUUACUACCGUGUGCAGCUUCAUAUAUUUGUCGACGCAAGCGAAGAGGCGUAUGCAGCGGUCGCUUAUUUUAGAAUAGUGAAUCAACGAAAGCAUGUGGAUUGUUCCCUUGUGGCUGCCAAAACUAAGGUAGCUCCUAUCAAACCAAUAUCUGUCCCUCGUCUGGAGCUUCAAGCAGCCGUGUUAGGUGUGCGCCUGAUGCAAAUGGUCGCUGAUGGUCAUUCCAUACAGAUAGAUCGAAGAGUGUUUUGGUCAGACUCCAGUACGGUGCUAGCCUGGAUUAACUCCGAUAACCGAAGGUACAAACAGUUUGUAGCGGUGCGUGUCGGCGAGAUUUUGACUGAAACGAAUGCUGGGGAAUGGAGAUAUGUACCAUCAAAGAAGAACAUAGCUGAUGCUGCUACUAAAUGGGGCAACGGACCUGAUUUCGGCCCGAACAGUGCCUGGUUUAAUGGCCCAGAGUUUCUGCGAAAUAGUGAGGAAGAAUGGCCAAUAGCUCCAUGCUUAAAAGAAGAUAACUCAGAAGUUCGUGCUGUUUAUAUUCAUCAGGAGCAGUCCAUGCCGAAGCUAGUGCUCAACUUGGAGAGGUUCUCUAACUGGAAUCGACUACUACGGACUACAGCCUACUUAUAUAGAUUUCUAAAUCGGACUCGCAAAAGAGAUAUUGCAAAACCAUACCUGUCUCAAGAGGAAUUAGUAGAAGCUUGGCAAUAUUUGAUCAAAGCCACGCAAUGGGAGGUUUACCCAGACGAGCUUGCAGUCUUAACUCACAAGUUGCACCAGCCCAGCGACGUGCUCAGUGCCGUGGACAAAUCCAGCAGCCUGUAUCAAUUAUCACCAAUGGUUGAUGAACUGGGAAUCCUUCGAGUUGACAGCAGAAUACAAGCGGCGGAACAUCUUCAUUCACAAGACCAUUCAGCUACGUAG